AUGACGUCCAGCAACGACACACCCGGGGUUGAAGGAAGAGCUGAUGACGGCGAGACGACCUACAACGGCGGAGCGGCGCACGAUGCGAUCCCCCGCCCAAAAAGAAUCGCAUGCAUUCUAUGCAGAAAGAGGAAGUUGAGAUGCGAUGGAAACAAGCCGAGUUGCGGCACAUGCUAUCGGCUGAACCACAAUUGUGAAUAUUCCGAAGAGCGCAAGAAGAGCGGUCCCAAACGAGGUUAUGUCAAGUUGCUCGAAGCCCGCCUCAAGCAGGUGGAAAAUCUACUCGAAACGAGAGAUGGAAGCAAUGAUACCACACAGAAUACUACUGCACGACCCUCCAACUCAAACGACCCAGGUAAUCCUGCGUCCGCCAUGAAUCUCGAUGACAUUGCCAUGGGCCAGCCAGCUCGUGACCCGGAAUUUAGCGCUGCUGGUCUGGAUGGCAUACCUGAUUUUACAAUGGAUACCGGAGACGAGUUCUCCUGGGAGAUGAUAGGACUUGGACUGGAAGAAGCACUUCCUCCACGAGAAACCAUCGACGAAUUGAACGAGAUAUAUUUCAACCAGAUUCAUCCUUCCAUGCCCAUGAUUCACAAAGCUCGAUUCUUAGCAAGCAUGGAUCUCGCUCCUCAUAUGCGACCUGCCGUGUCGCUGAGAUAUGCCAUGUGGACGCAUGCCUGCGUUGUGAGUCCCAAGUACUCGGCAUACACAGAGCAUUUCUACGCCAGAGCUCGGAAAUACGCCGAGUCGGACGAGAUGAGAGGUCACGGCGAGAGCAUCAUCACUGUCGCGCACGCACAGGCCUGGACCUUGAUUUCAACCUACGAAUUCAAAGUCAUGUACUUUCCUCGAGCCUGGAUGAGUGUGGGUCGAGGCUCAAGGCUCUGUCAGAUGAUGGGUCUUCAUCGACAGGAUCGAGUCGGCCUGGAUGUGAAGCAGACUCUUCCUCCUCCACGAGAUUGGACAGAUCGAGAAGAAAGAAGGCGGACCUUUUGGAUGGCUUAUUGUCAAGAUCGAUAUGCCAGCAUAGGCACGGGUUGGCCUAUGACAUUCGACGAGCAAGAUAUACUCACAAACCUACCCGCUAGCGAAGAAGCCUUCAGAGGAUGUCAACCUGAGCCAACCCUGCAACUUGCAGAUAUCAUGAGUGGUGAAGGCGCCGCCUCUCUUUCAUCCCUUGGUGGCGUAAUUCUCAUCGCAACCAUUUACGGUCGCAAUCUCAUACACCUACAUCGACCAGCAGAUACAGAUAAUGACCACGACCUCAAUGGACCUUUCUGGAAACGCCAUCGUGCUCUUGAUAAUAUCAUCCUCAAUACUGCGCUGGCGAUUCCACCUAAUCUCCGCUUACCUACUGGACUCAAUGACCCGAAUACCAUCUUCCUCAACAUGAAUAUUCAUACCGCGACUAUCUGUUUGCACCAAGCCGCAAUAUUCAAAGCCGACAAAAAUCGACUACCAGCACAGAUCAGUGCUGAAUCCAAACGAAGAUGCAUUGUCGCUGCCGAUCAAGUCACAAAUAUCAUGAAGAUGAUUAGUCAUCUAGACAUGUCUGUGAUGAACCCGUUCCUGGCGUUCUGCUUAUACGUCUCUGCUCGUGUAUUUGUGCAAUAUUUGAAAGCGAGAAAAGAGGACGCUGCUGUCAAAUCAUCACUCCAUUUCUUACUCGCAGCAAUGCAAGUUCUGACAGCCAAGAACCCCUUGACCGAAUCUUUCUUGGUACAGCUCGAUGUUGAUCUUGAGGGCAGUGGAUUGGAUAUCCCCACUAGUCACUCUCGAUGGAAAUUUGGACAUCGUCCGAUGGGUGAAAUCCCCGCUAACACUGACGCCGUGAAAUGUUCUCCAAUAUUCGAAAUCCGAGAAUCACAAGGAGCCGCAAUGGGUCUCUUUCCGGGCAAUCAACAAUCUCCGCGAGCCCAUGAACUUCGACCAGGUAUGAAGCAGAACUCCUCCACUGGGAGUGACUAUCCCAGUCUCUAUGGAAAUGCAGAGGCUGCGACCUUUAGUUCGAAUGCACCUACGAUCUCUGAAGGGUUCGAAAACCCAUUCCAUUUCUCCACGGCGGCGGGCGUAGGCAAUCAGAGUUCUCCAGGAGAUAACUCAUACCACGACAGUACGGGGUCCCGGCCACAAUCUAACCAUCCAACACCAUCCACGUCCUCACUCCAUAAUUCGUCUUCACACACCUCUUACACAUCCCCUCCGAAUCAAUCCAUCAACGGCGGUUCAGCGAAUAGCAGUAAUGCAAACAAUAACCCCUCUGCACAAGCUCGUCAGGACCCACCCCUAGGCUAUAUAUACCCCGGCUCGGCUUCAUGGCAGGCCAGUGUAUCUAUGGCCAACAGUGGUGGCACAGGCAAUAGCAACUCCGGCCGGCAACAACAGCAACAAAUGCCCACCGAUAAUAUAAUGCAGCCAAUCAUGCACAUGAACAGUACAGGAAUGACUCCUGGCGCUACGACAGGCAUGACCCCAAUGAGUGAUCUAUGGCCCGCGGACGGGUUGGCAGACAAUAACGACUGGAUGUUUGGCUGGCCUGGCCAGACGCCGCAACCUCAGUGA